AUGCCGACCUCUAACACUUCGUCGCCUGUCAAGCGCCCGGGUCUGGGUCGUCGCGCAGUCUCCUCACACGCCGUCGUCACGCGAUCGACAUCCACCCAAAGCGAACUGGCCAACUCCAACACCGCCCACCAACAAUCCUCCAAACUCUCUCACCGGCCACAUCGUGCCCAUGUUGUCGGCGGCGGUCAUCGCAACCACCAUCGUAAUCCGUCCUUUGGCAAAAAUCUGAAUAAACAGCUACAAAGACACCUUUCUCACACUCAAAUCGACUCGGAAAGACCCGCUCGCCAUCAUCAGCGCAAGAAGUCCGCUCCUGCGACUCCCGCUGCUGUUACACCCGCCACAAGUCCGCGUGGGACGCACCACGUCCGUUGGGAUGGAGCCUUGGGCGAUAGUCAGCAAACCACCACUUCGAUGAAAAAGAACAAUUCGAGCCCUGCUCUUCGCCGAAACAGCAGCAGUGUCGUAGGAAAAGUAGGGAAAAAGGCCCUCGUCACCGAUCGCCCGCAUACUAGCUCGGGCAAGAAGAAAACCGUGGGCUUCGAAUUGGCCGAUUCCGACGACAACGACGAGGGUGACUGGGAGGAUACUACUCAGUCACCGGAGAGUACUAGGCGCAGCUCCGUCGCUCAAUCUAAGGACAGUGUGGAGAAUACGGCGGUAUUGGUGGAUCCGUUGACAUUCGUUAAGCGUUCUUAUCCACAAUUCCCUCGGUCGACCAGCCUUCCCGAGUCGAGCCUGAAUAAUUUUGGUCACAACAACCCUUUGCCGGACGACGACAGUGACGACGAACCUGACGAAGACGGUGAUACACAACAACCGCUAAAGACCGAAGAGCGGGAAGAAGGUAGCCGCGCUACUGACCACGGUGAUAUUGCAUCCCGCCUGUUGAGUCCUGCACACGCUGCUAAAGCACCGCCCGCCAUGUCCUCCAUAUCGGCCACAGCGAAGCCGGCCACAGUCGAUUCAUUGUCACGCAAUGCUUCUCUGACCAAUAUAGCUUCCGGUCAUGAUGGGUUACGCCGACCACCGCUUUCCUCGUCCCAAAAUGCACUGGCCAAUACCCCAGGCAAUCUGACGCAAGCCACAUCAUCGUCGAUCGAAGGAGGCGUAUCGAGGUUCAUCAAGACUGGUUUCCAUGCAACUUCUCGCACCGAUUCGGACCCCAACACUCCGUCAUCUUUCUUGCCCCAUUAUCACCCCCAAACACCCCCUUCUCCUGGUCGCGGAGCAAGUUCGAAGAGAGCACGAGCAUCCCCUCCCACCCGGCCGCCUGGCGCAGAACCGCACUCCCGCACCCAGCAGAAGCUGUGGCUGCAGCGCACUGCCGCCCUGAACACCUCCCCUCCUGAUGGCCAUGGCGUCGCAGCGACCGCAUCCCCGUCGGCGAUGGACCCGACCUUCAUGGCCGCAGCGCACGCCCGACCAGGAGCCGGAUUUGAUGCAGGAAGAGGAAUUGUAAAUGGAGUGUCACGGGCCGGCCCUGCGUAUGACAAUGAAGCAAAGCACGUGCGCAAGGCAUAUGAGAAAACCGCUUUGGAGCUUACAGUGGUCCGACGGUUCCAGUCACCGACCGGGGAUAGUUUUCGUCGUUUGGCGUCCCUUGUCAAUGAUACGAAAUCGGGUUCCAGCCACCAGCGCCAUUCGUCCCUUGGCAAACCAAUUAAGUCGGCGCCCGCCUUGACAUUGCUCCAAAAUGGCAAACAGCAGUCUCCCAGUCAGAACAGCGCAAGUCCAGAGCCGAAACAACUAAUUAGCCGGAAGCGCUCGGAUUUGAAAACUUCCGCCUCCCAAACUUAUCUUCAAGAACCCGCCGAUCUCGCGAAUGAACCUACAGAUUCCUCACAACGACCUAAAUCCCAACAUCCUUCUCAUCGCGUUCUCUCUACAUCCGAUGAAGCUGCCCAUCCGACUCCCGCCGGGGAAGAGAACCCCGAAGAGCCAUCAUUUAUGGCCAGCGAAGCCGAGUUAAUGAUUCGUCGUCUGUGGGAAAGCCGCGAGGUAGCCAUCGCCGGCUGA